GGGAGGGAGAGAGAGACAGACAAACAAAAGUACGGACAUACUUUGAUCUGGAAGGAAAGGGGAAGAAACAGACACAAGUCAGUGGUUCAAAGUGUGGUUUGUCGUGUGUUUCCAGCUACUUCUUCAACUACAACCUGAUGGGUUUGACCUCAACUGAAGAUUGCAGCUCUCCAGUUGUCGGUGACCUGAGGAUUGUCCUGCUGGGGAACACAGGAUCAGGAAAGAGUGCAACAGGAAACACCAUCCUGGGACGAAGAGCUUUCCUCUCAGAUACUUCUCCUUCUUCUGUGACACAGACAUGUGAAAGGGAAAGCGCCCACCGUGAUGAAAGAACUGUGACUGUGGUGGACACCCCGGGAGUCUUUGACACGGCGAUUGAAGAAGGCAAGUUGAGAAAGGAAAUAGAGGAAUGCAUGUUGCUGUCUUACCCAGGACCUCAUGUAUUCCUGCUAGUGAUCAGACUGGAUUUACGCUUUACUGAAGAGGAGAAGGAUAUCGUCAAGUGGAUCCACGACAACUUUGGUGAGGAAGUCUUCAAUCACACUCUGGUGGUCUUCACGGGGGGAGAAGUCAUCAAGGAGAACAUUGAGGAUCAUUUCGACAAAAGUUCUGAACUCAAGGACUUAAUCAGUGGCUAUAAAGAAAGGUAUGCUGUGUUUGACAACACAUCUAUGGAAAAUCGCACUCAAGUGGCUGAUCUGUUCAAAAAGAUAGACAAGGUAGUGCACGUCAAUGGUCUCCUUUAUACCAGAAGCAUGUAUGAAGAGGCCCAGAGGAAGAGGAACUCAAGGGAACGUUGGAGCAGAUGGGCAGGCUACGUGAAACUGGUGGCUCCCUUUGCAUUGGGUGCUCUAGAUAGUGCUGCUGGUGCUGUUGCUGGUGCUGUUGCUGGUGCUGCUGCUGUGGUGGAGGAGCCAGUUUUAGCUGCUGGGAUCGGCCUCAUGCUUAACAGCUGGAGGAAGUUUAUCUAACGCAACGGAAAACACAUUUUUCAACUUAUCAGAAAUGAAAAUGAAGGCAUGUUUACUGCUGCAUUCAUCAACCUACUCAUUUGAUGCUCGCAGAGAAACUAUAUGAGAUUCAUUUGUCACUUGUCAAACUGUCCCCUUAAGUCAGAAGAAACACAUUCAAAUACAUAGAAAAUAUAUAAAUAUAUUAUAAUACCACAUAGCAAACACUUAUACAGCAUUACAAGUGUGAUCGAUCCUUUAUCAGGUUUUAUGCAAAUGUUUCCGUAACAUAAUUUUACUGAAAAAUUGCGAUUGCUUCCAAAAUGCUUUUAUGAUGACUCAUAAGUUCCUUUAAGCAAAGUCAACAUACUGAUGACGGUUGAUCCUGGUAACACCACAUUCAGAAACAACCACACCUUUGAUCAACAAACCUCUUGAACAACUGGUUCUACGGGAACACGGGCAUCGCAUCAAAAGCUCUCUUGAUGUCCUCCCCUCCCCUUUGCUCAUACUUACUGCUAUUAUAACCAACCUCAGACUAAACUCCUUCAAUAGAGAACAUUUCGUCACUAGAAAGUACUUCCAAUGAAAACCGGUCACAACACACUAUUGAUUACACAAAGAAAAUCUGAUUUUUUUUUCAAACAGAAAAUGCCCACAAAAGUGCUGUAUUUGUUUUAAAGGUUUUGGUAAAAAAAUACAGACAUAAAAUGUCUCCAUGUGUAUUCUUCUGUUUGCUAUUCAUUGUUUGCAUUAUUAGUUCACUCCCACUAAAACCAUGGUUAUUUGUAUUGUUACUUACCAGUUAUAUUACUCAUAUUGUUUGGGGGAAGGCACAUUGGUGCGUGGGUACGUGUGUAUACUUUGUAAGUUUAUUAGUUUGAGUUGUACUUUCUUUCUAUUUUAUUUCCAACUUCUUCUUUUUUUUAACCUAUCUUUCCAAGUUUAUCCUAAUUUAAUUACUUUGUCUCCUUUACACAAUCUAUCUGUGUGCAAUGUGGAGGGUGGACAAACGCAUUUCUGUAUUGUGUAAUGCGAUAGGAUGACCCUCGAACUGUGAUUAUCAAUGAAAGCGACGUAUCAGAGGAAAGCUGCCACUCCUCCAUAUAGAAUUUAUGCCAAAUUUGGAAUUAAACUAUUUCAAUGUAUUAAAGCCAAUUUUAUUUA